CUCUCCUCAAUAAAAUAGCUCGAUCACACUCUGUGAUCGAAGACUUUCACUCGAAAAACACUGUAGCACAAGUCAAUUCGAUCAAGUGUUUCACUGAAUCAGAAUUUGGUAAUCCAGUUUGUAUCAGCGAGUAUUGUUGAUUUUGAUCACCGAGAGUGACUUGUCGAUAGAAGCAAACGGAAGCUAGGGUUUUGGAUUCUUGGAUUCGGGAGUGGGUCUGAAUUGUUUGGAGUUCACAGGGUUUCUUGUUGCUGGUUGAUAAUUUGUAUAUUUGGGCUAGUAAUAAAUUCGGGAAUCAAAAUGCCGGCAGGACGGCAUUGUCCCCGAAUAGACACUCUUGAGCUGAAACUCCAAAUUGAAAAGAAGCUUGGUCGACAAAAAGCUGAGAAAUACUUCAAUCUACUUAACAGAUAUUUGAGUCUUAAGCUUUGCAAAUCGGAAUUUGAUAAGCUCUGCAUUGGUUUAGUGGGGAGAGAGAAUAUCCAUCUUCAUAAUGGACUCGUCCGAGCUAUAAUCAAGAAUGCCUCUCUUGCCAAGAUUCCCCCUCCAAAACAGAGGACAAUGGAAGCUUCAUUGAAUGGUAAAGUGUCGAAUGGAUGUCAAAUAAGUAGUCUUCAAUCACUCUGUCGGGACGUUUUUCCUCAGUCCCCCAGAAAGGGAAGGACUCCUAAUCUUCGAGAACGGAAGUUUAGAGACCGACCAAGUCCUCUUGGGCCUCAUGGGAAGGCCCAGAGUGUUGCGGGCAAAGAUUUGGUACCUACAGUUCAAGUGCAGCAAAGUGCCACCGAGCUGCUUUCUUUAGAAAGCAGGCCCCCAGUUGAAGUUAACUCUGUGGAAGAGGGUGAAGAGGUUGAACAAGGUUCUGGAAGCUCCAGCAUUUACAAUAGAAGUCCUGUCACAGCUCCUCUUGGCAUCCCCAUACAUGCAAAGGGAACACGGAAAGUAGUACGUAAUGGAUCAGCUCUUUCAUUUUACGCUGAGACUUGUCAGAACAGCUGUGAGCUGCCUGAUGCCAGUUCUUUAAAGAAACGAUUGGAACAGAAGUUGGAGAUGGAGGGCUUGGAAAUCUCAAUGGAUUGUGUUAACCUGUUGAACAGUGGGUUGGAUGUAUUUAUGAAAAGAUUGAUAAAGCCCUGUUUGGAACUAGCCAGUUCCAGGUCUGAACAGAAGCAUCUAAACCAAUUUUGUAAUCAGGCUGCAUCUGGCUUUGAUGGUAUUAGGCCCAUGAAAUAUGUACAAAAGCAAAGCAGAUCCUUUUCUGCAUCAAUGUUGGAUUUUCGGGUUGCGAUGGAGUCAAAUCCCAGAAUACUUGGAGAAGAUUGGUCAGUACAGCUUGAGAAAGUGUCCUUGCGUGCAUCAGAAGAACCUAUAAGAAUUGAUUAGCAUAUAAUGUGGAUCCGACCUUGGCUUGAAGUCAUCUCAAAGAGAUGAUGUGUUAUUAUGCCUCUAGAAUACAUUCUAACAGUGAAUUUGACACAAUCUAUGUGAGUAAUGCUGAAGUAUCUACGUGGUUAGAAGCUCCAGGAAAAUUUUGGAUCCAGGUGAUGUGGUUGUAUAUAAUAGUUGUCAGUGCAGAUUUUCCCUGAAAUGGGACUAAUUACGUGGUAAAGUAUAGAGAUAUGGACACUAGUAAGAAUCCAGACAUUACAACUAGUUUAGUUGCCUUGUUCAACCAAUAUCUAUAGUUUGUUCAUUUUAUUGAAUCUUUGUCUGUUAAUAAAGUUUAUAUGGAGUUGCCAGGCUUAUAUAUGUCGACUUUUUGUUUAUUUUAUUUUAUUUCCUUUACCUCUCCCCCUGGUGGGGUUCAAUAACCCAAUCUGUU